AUGUAUUCUGGGGUGAAGGCGUUGUUCAACAGAAGCAAGAAGCUGAAGGGUAGGGUGGUGUUGAAGCCCAAGAAUGUGUUGGACACAAAUAGCAUUACCAGUGUGAAAGGGGCUGUUCAAACUACCAUGAGUGUAGUUGGUUCAACAUUCAUUGAUAGUUUCAGUGCCUUCUCUGGUAAAUGUGUGUCUCUUCGCUUGAUCAGUGCUACCAAAGCUGCUGAAAAUGGAAGUGGGAAAGUUGGAAAGAAGACUUAUUUGGAAGGUGUAAUUUCCACUAUACCAACUUUGACAGCGGAGGAAUGUGGAUUUCAUGUUCAUUUUGAUUGGGACAUUGAGGACAUGGGAAUUCCUGGAGCAUUUACAAUAAGAAAUCAUCUGCUAGUUGAGUUCUUUCUCGUCAGUUUGACUCUUGAAGAUGUUCCUAAUCUUAAAGGACCAUUGGACUUCGUUUGCAACUCAUGGCUUUACAAUCAUCAUCUUUACGACAAGGAUCGAAUCUUCUUUUCCAAUGAGACGUAUGUUCCAAGUGAAACACCAGUAGCACUGGUGAGCUACAGAGAAGCAGAACUGCAGAUUCUGAAAGGAAAUGGAAAAGGGAAACUGAGACAAUGGCAUAGAGUUUACGAUUACGAUGUUUACAAUGAUUUGGGCAAUCCUGACUGCAAUGAAGACUUGGCUCGUCCAGUUCUUGGAGGGUCUGUCACUUAUCCUUACCCUCGAAGAGGAAGAACCGGAAGAAAAUCCACAAAAAAAGAUUGUAAGAGUGAGAAACGAAGCAGUAAAAUUUAUGUUCCAAGAGAUGAACAUUUUGGUCACUUGAAGUCAUCUGACUUCCUUUGUUUUGGGAUCAAAUCUAUAUCAAGAAACGUGUGGCCUCACCUCAAACCUCAACUUGAUUCAAAUAUCUCAAAGAAUGAGUUUGAGAGCUUUGAUGAAGUACAUCACCUCUCUGAAGGUGGAAUUAAGCUGCCUCUUGAUACUCUCAGCAAAAUUAGCUCUUUACCUCUGCUGCAGGAGAUCUUCCGCACUGACGGUGAAAAUGUCCUCAAGUUUUCAGUACCUCAUGUAAAUAGAGUUAAUAAAUCUGCAUGGAUGACUGAUGAUGAAUUUGCGAGAGAGAUGCUGGCUGGUGUAAAUCCUUGUUCGAUUCGCCGCCUACAAGAAUUUCCACCACAAAGCAAGUUGGAUCGCUCAGUCUAUGGUGAUCAAACAAGUAAAAUCAGUGAACAACAUUUGAAGAUCAACCUCGAAGGGCUCACACUAGAUAAGGCAAUUAAGUGUGAUAGAUUAUUCAUACUAGAUCACCAUGACGUAUUCAUGCCGUUUUUGAGAAGGAUAAAUGAAUAUACAUCAUCAAAGGCUUAUGCAACGAGGACAAUCCUUUUCUUGAAAGACGAUGGUACCUUAAAGCCAUUGGCCAUUGAGUUAAGUUUGCCACAUCCAAGUCAACAACAGGGUGCCUAUAGUAAAGUGGUCUUGCCUGCAAACGAUGGAGUUGAAAGUACAAUUUGGCUAUUAGCCAAGGCUCACGUUGUUGUGAAUGAUUCCUGUUAUCAUCAGCUCAUAAGCCACUGGUUGAAUACUCAUGCCGUGAUGGAGCCCUUUGUCAUAGCAACAAAUAGAAAUCUGAGUGUUCUUCACCCUGUUCAUAAACUUCUAUUUCCUCACUAUCGUGACACAAUGAAUAUCAAUGCACUUGCUCGAGAAUUACUUAUUAAUGCUGAUGGCACCAUAGAGAACUGCUUUUUGGGUGGAAAGUAUGCUAUGGAGAUGUCUUCGGCAGUUUACAAACAUUGGAUAUUCCCUGAACAAGCAUUGCCAGCUGAUCUUAUCAAGAGGGGAAUGGCUAUUGAGGAUUCAUCUUCUCCGAACGGCCUCCGUCUUGUGAUAAAGGACUACCCUUACGCUGUGGAUGGAUUGGAGAUAUGGAAUGCUAUCAAGACAUGGGUCAAAGAAUAUGUCUCCUUGUACUAUGUCACAGAUGAUAUGGUUAAAAAAGACCGCGAACUCCAAGCUUGGUGGAGAGAAGUUGUUGAGAAGGGUCAUGGUGAUUUAAAAGAAAAGUCGUGGUGGCCUAAAGUACACACUCGUGAAGAGCUGAUUCAAUCUUGUACUAUCAUUAUAUGGGUUGCUUCAGCGCUUCAUGCAGCGGUUAAUUUCGGACAAUAUCCUUAUGGUGGAUUUAUCCUCAAUCGUCCAACUCUUAGCAGAAGAUUGAUCCCGGAAAAAGGAACAGCAGAAUAUGAUGAGAUGGAGAAGAAUCCUGAAAAGGCUUAUUUGAGAACAAUUACGCCUAAGUAUCAAACUCUUGUUGACCUUUCAGUGAUAGAAAUAUUGUCAAGACAUGCUUCUGAUGAGGUCUACCUUGGACAGAGGGGCAAUCCAUAUUGGACAUCAAAUCCAAAGGCAAGAGAAGCCUUUAAAAGGUUCGGAGAAAAGCUAGCAGAGAUUGAGAAAAAAAUAUCAGAAAGAAACCAUGAUCCAAAUCUUAAAAAUCGAACUGGGCCAGUUAAAUUGCCUUAUACUUUGCUUCUUCCAAAGAGUGAUGCGGGGUUAACUUUCAGAGGAAUUCCAAACAGUAUCUCUAUCUAA